AGACCUGUAGUCAGCCUCGCGUCGCGAUGUUCUGAGGGGCCAGGAGCUGACGGCUGCGUAAUUUGCUGAUGUUAUGUUCGAUCUUUCCAGAUCUUUCCAUUAAUAAAGUACGGUAUUGGUACCGUAAUAGCAUACUAAACCUGUUGGCUAGAGCAAUUUCCCAUCCAUCUGGCUCGUUGAGAUCGCUGUUUGGAGGAAAGGUGAAAGGUGAAAGCCAGAACGCCAACGAUUGAUCAUUCGAUUCUAAAAUGCGUACCGUAACCCACAACGGGGAGAUUCGCUUUCGACCUGCUCAGCGUAACUUGAACCGUACUGGUACUGCAGGUCGUUCCUCAGAACAGCCCAGACCACUUGAACGGGACCAUGACGCCUCGCCUAGUAGUGGACCCAACCAUGUUCGAGUCAACUCUCGAGACUAUGUUCAUUCCUACGAGGGAUCUUAUGCCGAUGGGAAUGACAUGGCAGGCUUCCACAUUUUCCGCAAUACUGGAAGUUGGUUCGAAGAACAAAUGUGGUUCCUGUUCCUGGUCUAUGUGAUUGUCUUGUUCAUUGUGGCUUUCUAUGUCGAAGUGAUGGUAUCGUUUCUAACAGAUCCCACUGAUGAACAACUGACCAGCGGACGAGUCUCUUUGACCAUCACAAACACCAUCCACUUCUUUGUAACCCUCACGUACGUGCAUUGGAUGAAAGGAGGUACUUGUUGGCAAGAUCAUGAUGGAGACCUGGACCACUUGACUCUGUGGGAACAGAUUGAAGCCAUUCCAAACACUGGAUGGCUCCGAUUCGCCUUGAGGAAUGUUCCUGCCGUUCUCUGUUACCUUGCCUGCUGGCAAAGUGGGUGGGAGGCGUAUAUUUGCGCCUUCAACGUUAUUGUUUGGUUUUUUACCCUCUUGGGUAAAUUGCCAUGGAUGAAUGGCGUUCGUGUCUUGGGAAUCAAUUCUCACAUUACGGAUCAUGAACCUAUGCCCAUGGAUGACGAAGACACCUUGAAAACGAGUAGCUACCACUGGCAAGGCGUGGCGGAAACAAGGACAAUGAAAGCGAGGAAGACCCUAACGCCAUCACCUUUUAUCAGAAGGGCACAGAACGCAGUGCCGGUUUAUCGAGCCAUUAUUGCAAAGCCUUGGAUUCAAUGCUUCAAAUGCCAGAAAUGGCGACGGCUUCCUUCCACGAGCAACUGGGAAUGUCGAAUGAAUACCUGGCGGCCUAGUUUUGCUAGUUGUGACGCCCCCGAAGAGACAGACUACAUGUAG